AUGAUAUCCUUCAUACACAAACCCUUUGAGCUCCUAGCAGGAGUCAUAGGGGCCUCCCCAGAUGAACUCAAGCUCGUAUUCUCAUUCCUCGUCUCAUACCCGCUUGCCGGUCUACUGAAGCGCGUACCAGAUGCGCGCCCCGAAUACAAGAAUGGAUUCAUCAUUGCAUGUGCUCUCUUCUACCUUGUGGGACUGUUCGACCUCUGGGAUGGCCUUCAGACCUUGAUCAUUGCUUCUGCUGGCACGUACACCCUUGCCUACUUCCUGCGCACGAGUCCGUAUAUGCCAUGGAUCGGCUUCGUCUUCCUCAUGGGCCAUAUGGCUGUGAACCAGCUCUCGCGACAAUUUGCGAACAACCCCGCCGCCGUCGAUAUCACCGGCGCACAAAUGGUCCUGGUCAUGAAGCUGUCGGCUUUCUGCUGGAACGUGGCCGAUGGCACGUUGCCUGAAGACCAGCUUUCAGACUUCCAGAAGGACAAGAGGAUCUUGAGGUUGCCCGGCCUGCUGGAUUAUGCCGGCUACGUCUUGUUCUUCCCCUCGCUCAUGGGCGGCCCUUCUUUCGACUACAACGAAUACAAGGGGUGGAUUGAUUGCACCAUGUUCGACGUGCCUGCCUCUGUCGAUCCCUCAAAGAAGCCCCCCACACGUAAGAAGAGGAAGAUUCCUCGCAGCGCUACUCCGGCUAUGUGGAAGCUUGCUGGAGGUCUCCUGUGGAUCUUGGCAUUCCUCAAGUUCAGCGCAUGGUAUGACUGGCACUUCAUGCUCAAGAAAGAUUUUGAGUCCUACUCCUUUGUGCACAAGGCCUUCUACCUUCAUAUGGUUGGCCUAACAGCCCGUUUGAAGUACUACGGUGUGUGGACUCUGGCUGAAGGCGCCUGUAUUCUCGCUGGUCUGGGUUACAAGGGCAUUGACCCGACGACGGGCAGAGUGAGCUGGGAUCGCUUGCAGAACAUCAACCCAUGGGGCGUCGAGACGGCCCAGAACAGUCGUGCUUACCUCGAAAAUUGGAACAUGAACACCAACAAGUGGCUAAGAUACUACAUCUACCUACGCGUGACGCCGCGUGGUAAGAAGCCAGGUUUCCGUGCCAGUCUUGCUACUUUCAGCACAAGUGCAUUUUGGCAUGGAUUCUAUCCAGGCUACUAUCUAGCCUUCGUGCUCGCAAGUUUCGUGCAGACCGCUGCCAAACAUUUCCGUCGCAACAUCCGCCCCUUCUUCCUCGACCCUGUCAACCAAACCCCUCUGCCUCGCAAGCGCUACUAUGAUAUCUUGUCCUGGUUCGCAACGCAAGCGACUUUCUCUUUCGUCGUGGCGCCUUUUGUCAUUCUCGAAUUUGGCGACUCCAUCGCUGUUUGGUCCCGCGUCUAUUUCUAUGGCAUUGUCACGACAUUUGCUAGUCUCGCUUUCUUCGCCUCGCCCGGUAAGAAAUGGGUGAAGGCUCAGCACGAGAAGAGAAGUCGCGAGGCAGGCGUCAAGAUGAUCAGGAAUCUGAGCACGGAUAGCCUGAACGGCAUGGCAGGACAGAAUGAACCUCUUCUGGGUCUGAGCCAAGAUCCGGGUGCUGAUGCUCAGGACAUGGCCAACGAAAUCAAGGCUCAGAUCGAAAGAGUCAAGGCCGAGCAGGCGAGGAGAAGGAGCAGAGGCCAGAGCUUGGGCGAUGCUGCAAAAAUAAAGUUACAAGAGAAGCCCAAGGCUGCCUAG